AUGUAUAAUAGACUACAGAACUAUUUGUCCAAGAGUUGCUGUCCCCAGAACCACCUCUCUUAUGGCUGUCAGCUGCAGAACUUUAUCUCCUGUGCAUAUUGAGCACUGAAUUUUGUGUCCAGGAGCAGCCCUUUGAGACAUCUCUCCAAUGGCUGUCAAUCUCCAGGUGAUGUGGCCUACAGCUUCAGACCCCGGGGCUAUGUGUCUAAGAGUUUUCAACCUAUUUGCAACCUAUACAGCAAUUUCCCACCAGCCUGUUCUCCUUUAGGGACUUGGAAAUCUCCAUUUAUUAGAAGAUCAUGCUGA